AUGAAUGACACUGGAUCGUGGGCCACGGAACGAUCAGGGGCAUUGCCGCGAUUCCGCACUACAGGGGAGCAGUUGUCGGAAGGGGCGUCAGUGCGUGAGGACCUUGCGCCGGGGAUCAGAGGAGUUCUGACAAAGAAAGGAGCGAGAGCGAGGACGACAAAACGCCACGAGCUCGUCUCUGUGACGUCGGAAGAACAUUACUGGAACCAAGGGAUUGCCGACCACAAGGGACAGACCGCGCCUCCUGUUGCAGCUUCAAGCAGUUUCAUGCAAAGCCCCUCUUCGCUUGCCACGCCUGUGGUCCUGAACGCUCCUGUUGACUUCCAUGGACAGGGCGAUAUCACUGCUGCUGUGAGGAGUCGACCUCUUGUCACGGCAGGCUUGUCGCGGCAUCAGAUUGAAGCCAAAAAUGAGUUCGACAGAAGAUUUGCUGAAGGCUUUCAACUGACUGCUGAAUCUAUUUUCACCGGAGAAACCUGAGAUUUGGCAGGACCGGCGCGGUUCCUGGGAACUGGGUCAACGGCAAUUGUGUAUAGUUUGAAUAAGGUGCAAGCGGACACAGCAAGUGCGCCAGAACGGGUGGCGGCCAAGAUUAAGCGUCAGGAAUCUAAAUUCUCUAAGAGACGCUUCUGCGUCUGAGAGACAACAGGUGCUAGAUCAGACUCCAGAACGCUUUGUCUCAAGCGAAGGCGCAGUGAGGAACCUUCUGCCAGGCGUGACACCAGAAACGGCUCUGGAACACGGAAUUCUGCUACCGCUGGAUAUUUGCCGCGUUACUAACUUGCCGUCCGGUUUUCGUGCUGGCCCGGACUACAAGAUGUUUCCCCGUGUCGCUUUAUUCCCUGUCCCCACUUGCGAUCUUUUUCUUGUCGGUAGGAGCCGUCUAUCACGUGCUGCGAAGUUGCAUCUUACGCGACAGCUGGUGGUGUCUGUUGCGUGGCUGCAUCGUCACGGCGUCGCUCAC